GGACAAUAAUAGCCUUACUUUUCUGAGUCACUCACUCAGUCCUCAGUAGGCUGCUCUGGUUUUUGCGUAGUUUUCACUUUUCAUUUAAUUUAAUGUAUUGAGAGAUCAAUCUACCUUUUCUCUAUUCUCACCUCUGUCUUCCCCGCCGCGUGCCGCCCAUCGACCCGCCCUCUCUCUGCUUUUCCAAAAAACCCUACCCACCUAAACAUCCUUCACUCUUCUCAAGUUCCCGAUUAUUAUGAUGGCUAUCGGGAAGAAUGUGAGUCCGGCGCGUCCGUGAGAUUUCAUUUCGCGAUUUCCUGCCCCUGAAACUAGAAACCUUCAAUCCUAUUUUCAAGAUUUUUUUUUAGCAUUCUGGCGAUCGAGAUGAACGAGCCAUGUUUCUGGAGAUGGUUCAGUGCGUGGCUGUGUGUUGUUGGGCGAAGCUCCACGCCUCCGACCGCUACAUCUAUCUGCCAACCUUUUUGCUUAUGUAGAGUUUUCAAGUUGUAUGUAUACGGUGAACUUUAACUGGGCACUUGUCUCUCUGUAAGUUCCUAUAUUUGAAAGAUCGAAAUUCUCUGUGGAAAAGAAUUUGAGAGGUAGGGGUGGGUAGAGCUGUGCAGAAACAAACAAAGAGCAAACCAAUGGGUUGCUUUUCCUGCAUGAGCCCUCAGACAAAAGACGUGAGGGAUCGUGAUGCAGAUAUGGGUCAAAGAUCAAAUGACUUUUCAGUUGGUGGGAAGAGAAAGGCAAACACCAAUGGUAGUGAUUUUGCAGCUAGUGGGAAGAAGGGAUGCUCUGUGAGAGCAAAUGACAAAGAAAGCAAUUCACAUAAGGGUAAAGCUGCUCGUAGCUUCACAUUUAAAGAGCUUGCAAUGGCUACACAGAAUUUUAGGGACACCAAUUUGAUUGGUGAAGGUGGUUUUGGAAGUGUUUACAAAGCUCGUCUUGAAUCUGGCUUGGUCGUUGCUGUGAAGCGGCUCAAUCUUGAAGGACAUCAAGGGAAUCAAGAAUUCAUUGUAGAGGUUCUUAUGCUAAGUCUUCUACACCACCCUAACCUUGUGAAUUUGAUUGGCUAUUGCACGGAUGGUGACCAAAGGCUCCUCAUUUACGAGUUCAUGUCAAUGGGUAGCCUGGAGAAUCAUCUAUUUGACGUGGAGCCCGGUAAGAAGCUGCUGAGCUGGAGCACCCGGCUAAAGAUAGCCGUUGGGGCCGCCCGUGGCCUUGAGUAUCUCCAUUGCAAAGCAAAUCCACCUGUCAUUUACCGUGACCUGAAAUCUUCAAAUAUAUUGCUCGAUGAUGACUUCAAUGUGAAGCUCUCCGAUUUUGGCCUCGCCAAGCUAGGCCCAGUUGGUGACAACACACACGUCUCGACACGUGUGAUGGGAACCUAUGGAUAUUGUGCCCCUGAGUACGCCAUGAGUGGCAAGCUCACCCUAAAAUCCGACAUUUACAGCUUUGGAGUGGUCCUUUUGGAACUUAUUACGGGCCGCAAGGCUAUCGACUCGAGUAGAGUGCACGGGGAACAAAAUCUUGUUGUGUGGAUGUUAAGUACUAACCUCAAGGUUUGCUGCAAAGUAUUCGUAAUUUUGAUGACAACUGGUGCUGUUUACAAUUGGGGAAAUUUUAGAUCCCGUCCUUUCCUAAAGGACCGGAGGAAGUUUGCGCAGAUUGUGGACCCACUUCUCGAGGGUCGGUUUUCAGCCCGAAGUCUACACCAUGCCAUUGCAAUCACAUCCAUGUGCCUUCAGGAGCAGGCGAGCUUUCGGCCCUUGAUUAGUGAUAUUGUUUUGGCGCUUGAGUAUUUGGCCUCUCAGGCAGAGGAUUCUCAUAGAAGCAGAAAUCACAGCCGCACAUCAUCCUCACCUUCACAGCUGGAUGUUGUCAGGUGGGUGUUGAUGUGGUUCUUGAUACGCGAUUGCCGAACGAACGGGACUCGCAUUGCUUUAUAUAUCAGGAAGAAAGAUCACACGGGGAUUUUAUUCUGCUCCAACCUAUUCUCACUCAUUCGAUCUCCAGCAAACAACAUCAACAAUCCAAUCAACUAUGGUAAUUUCGAGGUAGACGCCGUGCCGUUCAACCCCGACGGUUGGGUCCCGCCAGAAUUCGGCUCUGCCGCGCUCUCCGUCCCCAACCACCCCUCCAACGUCUCCUUUGCCCCCUUCUCCCGCUCUGAGAAGCUAGGUCGGAUUGCCAACUGGAGCCGGAACAUCAACAACCAGGCCCGAUCUGGAUCCAAACAUGGUGGGAGGCUACCACCCGUUCGACUCCGCCUUCAAUUUCUCCGGCGACGACUCGUUCGCCACCCUUGCUACCGACGAAGACGCCUCCUUCCGCCUCGUCGACACCUCGUCCAAAUCGCACCACUACAACCCCAACCGCCCCAAGUUCAACCCGAUCCCAGAUCCCUCAGCGCCGUGACGAGGAGGUCGAGGCCCACAAUCACGAGGUCGAGAAGGAGCGCGUCCGCUGUGACAGAAUGUACAACAACCGCCCCCAGAUGCCCCAGCGCCGCAUGCAGUAUAUGUUCACAGCAGUAUAUGUUGCGUGUAUAG